UCCAGCAGCACGCCUGGGCUUCUCGACAGGGCUGCUGCUUUUAACGUUUGUUUUCCGUUCCCCGCUGGCCUGUAUCGCGAGCACGGAGACCUGAGGGACUGAGGAGGGACUCCACCGCCGUCCUGCUGACCAUGGCUCGGCCAGCGUUCGCCGCCAUCGGCCUCUUCCUGCUUCUCACGCUGCUGAUUUUCGAAGCUGAAGUCGAAGCCAGGAGACGCGUGAGACCGCAACGGAGAAAAAGAGAAUGGAUCCUUCCACCGACAAAGUUGGUCGAGAACGUGGACUACACAAAAAAAGAAUUUGUCGCGAAAAUUCGAUCUGACAAAGACGACAUGGACUCUGUGGUUUAUUCUUUGACCGGAGCAGGAGCUGACUCACCACCAUAUAACUUGUUCGUUGUCAAUUCCACAACUGGAAACGUUAGAGUAACUGACAUUUUGGAUAGGGAAAAGUGUGCAAUGUACCUUUUGACAGGUAUAGCCAGACAUAAGAAUGGCUCGUUAGCGGAGACAGACAUUGACCUGCGCAUUCGAGUUAUUGAUCAAAAUGAUAACCCUCCAAUAUUUGAUAGGACAUUUACUGGAAGUGUGAAUGAAUCGAGUACUACAGAUACCUUUGUCACGGAAGUAUUUGCAGUAGAUGGCGAUGAAGAGGGAACGAUCAAUGCGAAAAUUGCGUACGCCAUCGUUAAACAGGAUCCUGAAGAGGACGGGAUGAAAUUCUACAUUGCGAAAAAUUCCGGGAAGAUAUUUGUCAAAGAACAGACACUUGACCGAGAAGUCGUUGACUUCUACACUUUGAUAAUAACAGCCACGGAUUUGGAUGGUGCGGCAAGUGGAAACGUUGCCACGGGCACAGUUGAAAUUAAGGUCUUAGACAUCAACGACAACCCUCCAAGGUUAGAGAAAGAAAUGUAUUCCGCCAGCAUCGAUGAGAACGUUGCCGAUGUGGAGGUGAUGAGAAUUAAAGCUCUGGAUGAUGACAUAGCAAAAACCGACAACUGGCUGGCAAACUUUAAGAUCCUGAAGGGCAACGAAGACGGCCUUUUCACUAUCGAGACAGACCCUGAGACUAACGAAGGCAUCCUAAAGCUGGUGAAGCCAAUAGAUUAUGAGAAGUUGAAGAAUCUGGAUCUGGAUUUGUCCGUGGAGAAUGUGGCCCCACUCGCCAGUGGGACGGCCCCUGGAGCUGGCCUGGACCUGGACCUGGACCUGGACACUGAUAUCGAUGCAGAUGUUGACCUUGAUCUUGAAGGUGGUGCAGGAGCCGGAGCCGGGGCAGGGGCAGGGGCUGGGGCUGGGGCUGGGGCAGGGGCAGGGGCUGGGGCAGGGGCGGGGGCAGGAGGGGCAGGAGGGGCAGGAGGGGCAGGAGGGGGGCCCGGUGCAGGGGCAGGUGCUGGAGUCGGUGCUGGAGUUGCUCCCGGAGUUGGCCCUGGAGUUGGCCCCGGAGUAGGCCCCGGAGUUGGCCCCGGAGUCGGACCCGGCAAAGGCAAGAAAAAACCCAAAAAGAAAAAGCCCAAAAGCUACCCCAUUAAAAUCAAGGUGAACGACCUGCCCGACGGCCCGACGUUCAGCCCCACGGUGAAGCCGGUUCCUGUCUCUGAAGACCCGGAGGAGCUCGAAAUCCCCAGUGUGAUCGCAUCCUUCCCAGCGCUGGAUGGAGAUACAGGAGAGCUCGCUGAAAAUGUCAGGUAUGCAAAAGGAUACGACCCUGACAACUGGUUAUCAAUCGACGAAAAGACUGCAGAGAUAAAACUCAUCAAAAGGCCAGAUCGGGAGUCUGAGCAUCUGAUUGAUGGAGUAUACUAUGCAAAAAUUCUCUGUUUGACACAAGAUAUACCUCCCAAAACUGCUACAGGAACCAUUGCUCUGAAUGUACAGGACUCCAAUGAUCACUGUCCCCGCCUCACCAGCACGUACGAGUCCCUCUGUACGGAUCAGAAAUCAGUGAACGUUACCGCCAUCGACGAGGACGACCAUAAUAACGGCGCCCCAUUUGAAUUCGUAAUAAUACCCGAGGGAACAAAGGGAGACUGGAUCGUGGAACAUGUAAAUGACACAACAGCAAUGUUGACGUCCCAGGAGUCCUUGUGGCCAGGUACUUUUGAAAUCACGCUUGAGAUUAAGGAUAAGCAAGGUAUGGCCUGCUCUGAAAAACAAGUUCUUCAGCUGGAUGCAUGCACCUGCUUGGAGGGCGGAAUCUGUGGUGCCCGAACACUACUCCUACAAACAGCCGCCUCCCCAAAGCUUGCAGGGCUGGGUGUAGCUGUACUCCUCCUUGGCUUCCUGGCACUGAUGGCGGUCCCUCUCGUGCUGAUGAAAGCUGGUUCUGGUAUGAUCCCAGGCGGCUUCGCUGAUCUGCCUAUGGAUGCGAAGGAAUAUUUGAUUCCAUACCACACAGAAGGAAAAGGGGAGGAUAAGGAGGUCCCUCUUCUCAGUGCACCUUUUCCGAUAUCGAACCAAGAGGCGCCAAUAGUAGCGCAAACGCUCUCCAAAACCUCUGCCGCCAGAACCCAAGCAACCCUAAUGGAAGGCAUGGGGUUCGGACUGGACCUGACGGAGGGUCUGGACUUUGGCACUGCCAGUCUGAAGAGACAGGCUAGCACCAGCCAGCAGAUAGAGGUGAUGGAAGCCGCACAGAGGGAGGAUUACGAGAGCGCUCGCUUGCACUCCGGUUUUGCCGAAGAAAAUGUAGGCCCGUACGGUCCGAUGUCCCUCCCUGAGGAAUUCUUGGAGGACUAUUACUCACAGAAAGCAAGCUGUAUCACUGAAGCCUGUCACCUGAAAGACAGUUUGCUGGCUUUUAAGGAGGAAGGAAGCGGGUCGCCGGCCGGGUCGGUGGGCUGCUGUAGCCUCCUUGACAUGGACAAUGACCUGGAGUUCCUCAAUGAUCUGGACCCAAAAUUUAAAACCCUGGCUAAUAUCUGCCGGCCGCCACAAACCGAAAUUGAAAGUUCAUUCCGUUUUUCACCACAGCCCAGAGCCGAGUGCAGAUCGGAAGCCUACGCCAGUACCAGAGGCGAAAGAGUGGUCCCACCGAAGACCCAGAGUUUCUCAUGUUCGGUCCCAUCUAGCCCCGCCCCGCAUGCUGCCAGGACAAGUCAUUACUCUACCCUCCCCAGAAAGAAAACCUAUGAGAAUGUAAUGGUUCCGAGUCAAACGUAUCUCAUUCAGCAGCCCAUGUACUACGCAGCGGCUCCGGUUCUGCAGCCGGUGCAGUACGUGAUGGAGCCUCGCGUGCAGUACGUGCUGAGCGACGCUCCGAUGAUCGGGGGUGCCGCUGUGCACGGUGGGGUGAUCGGGGUGCAGCAGGGCACCUUGAACAGGGCCGAGAAUGUGGUGCUGGUGGAGAGACAAGUGGGUUCAGGUCAGGUGUUGCAACAGGGGGUAGGCGGGCUCAACCAAGGGCUGGUGCUAGUGGAGGGUCAGGUAGGUGCAGGGCAAGUGCUACAGGGGGGGCAGUCAUGGAUCCAACAAGGUACCCUACAGAGAGCCGCUGUUCCUGGGCCUCAGAAGAUCCUGCUAGUGGAGAGAGAGGGGUCUGCAGGCCAGGUUCUGGGGAGUCCAGUUAGCCCUAAACGGAUAUUAGUGACAAGUCCAGCUGGGUUACCUCCAGAGCCUGUGCAGAUGACUAACCCGGAGAAUGUACUUGUUUAUGAGAGGCAGGUGAGAAGUGGGCAAGGCACAAUGAGGUUAGCCCCUGAUGCCACAGUACAGCCAGAUCCUGUUGUACAAAGUGGCAUGUCUAGAGUGCAGGAGGGUACCUUGAAGAGCGGUGAGAAUGACAUGUUGUCGGAUCCACAUGGACAACAAAUAUCUCUUUCCCAGAGACAUAGGAGCAGUGGACAGGAGGGGGGUGUUUCUAUGACAGCUGCAGAAAGAUUAAAUUCAUUGCAGAAUCUGAAUCUGAGACAGGAUGCACUUAUUAGUGAUCAACUAUUAGAGGAUGAUAGUGAAAAAGUAGAUGAAGUGUUCAUGGAAAGCCAUGUUGCUUCAAACCAGUUGUUGGAGGACAAUGAGCUGGAGGAGCUAGCUCAGGAGAGUUCAAUGUUACAUCAAUUUACUCCAGAAGAAUUGUCUGGAUCUUUGGAAGAGGAGAUGAUGGAAACAGUUUUUGAGGAGGAUGAAACAUUCCAGAAUCAAGAUCAGGAAGAAGACACCACUGUACUGAGUCAAGGUAGUACAGGAAGACCCUCCAGCGCAAACCCAGGAGACUCCGACAGCUGGUGAAACACUAGAGACAAAGGUCCAAGAGGCUGUGGAGAGGCGGGCAUCUGGUGGUCAACCAUUGGGAGAUUUAAGUAAAGCUUUUGGAGGCAAAGCUAAGCGUCAAAAGAGUCUCAAAAGUCCCAAGGCAAAGUGCAAACAGCAA